AUGGUUUUGAGCGAAGGCUAUGCCCUACGCCCUACUUUGGAACACAUCUUCUCUUCAGUUCUAACUAUUUUCUUUUUCCCGCGAAUACCUUAUCUCUGCCUCACUACCGACUGGGUUCUCCCUCGCCAUUCCCACGAACUCCUUCGCCGCCGUUCACGCCGGCCACCCCUCUGCCUCCCAUCACGGCAAGGAGGUAAUCGGCUGGAAAGAGUGCAGACUGCUUGCAGUUCGGCUAAAAUGGCUAUCCCUCUUUCAAAUCUCACUCCCAGUCUCCUUGUUUCAAAGCUCUGUUUAGGGACGAUGACAUUCGGUGAGCAAAAUUCGUUGUCACAGUCCUUCAAACUCCUGGACAAAGCAUUCGAUUCUGGAAUCAACUUCUUCGAUUCUGCCGAAAUGUAUCCAGUGCCACAGCGUGCAGAAACACAAGGAAGGAGCGAAGAAUACUUUGGUCGCUGGCUUAGAGAGAGAAAAAUACCUCGUGAUCGUGUUGUAUUUGCCACCAAGGUUAGUGGCCCUUCUGGGCAAAUGAGUUGGAUUCGAGGGGGUCCAACUAGUUUGGAUGGAAGGAAUAUAAAGAUGGCUAUUGACAACAGUUGAUGGGUGCAUUUUGUAUGUUGGAGAACUGCUGCAGUUUGCUGAGACUACAGACUGACUAUAUUGAUCUUUAUCAACUCCACUGGCCUGAUCGAUAUGUUCCAAUGUUUGGAGAAACUGAUUAUGAUCCUGUCAGACAAUAUAGUCCUGUUAGUUUUGAUGAACAACUUGAUGCUCUAGGAACAGCAGUUGAUGCUGGUAAGAUCAGAUUCAUUGGUGUAAGCAAUGAAACGCCAUAUGGAGUCAUGAAGUUCUUACAAGCUGCUGAAAAUAACCCUAGUUAUCCAAGAAUAGCCACUGUUCAGAACUCGUACAACUUGCUGUGUCGAAAUUUCGAUUCAGGAUUGGCAGAGUGUUGUCAUUUGGAGAGGGUUAGGUUAUUGGCAUAUAGCCCUCUGGCAAUGGGUUUGCUUUCUGGAAAGUAUAUGUUACCUGAUGGUGGUGGAGAUGAUGCUCGGUUGAAUCUUUUCAAAGGAAGGUAUUCAGAAGGGGAAUCCAGAUAUAACUUAUCAAAUCACACCAUUAGAGAAGCUACUAAAGCAUAUGUCUCGAUUGCAGAACGUUAUGGUAUCCAUCCGGCAUCUCUUGCAAUUGGUAUACAAUAUUGAGACACCCUCUUGUGAGCAGUGCUAUUUUUGGGGCUACAAAAUUAUGGCAACUUGAAGAGAUUGUUAAUGCAUGUGAUACAAAGCUUAGCUCGGAAAUUAUUGCAGACAUAGAUGAGGUUCAUUCAAGAUUUCCCAAUCCUUGCUCUUGAGUAAAUCAGUUUUCGACUCUUAGUUAUCUUCUUUGGAAUUAAUAGUGUUACUUUUAUUAGUUUAUACUUUCUGAGUUAUUUCUUAUUAAUAGAUAAUAUUAUAUUAUUAUUAUUAUUUGGACGUUCGUUGUUAGGCAGGGUCCAUUUCAAUUAAUGCAAAUUUGGCAGUUCUUGCCUACAUUCUCUGAUAUUAAUAUUCGUAUCAAGCCAUGCGACGUUAUAUUAUUGGGUUGUAUUUUGUUGAAUUCUAUUUUUUUUUAAAAGGAAAAAAAUAAAAUAAAAAUAUCCAUCGACUAAUUUUUAAUUUUUAUCCUUUUUAGAAAAAGAUAAAAUAAAAC